AUGAUACUCGUGAAUGUAACACACUGCAGACAAUUCCUUAUUUAUUUAUUAAUUGCAGAUUGUUCUCCGGGGUAUGUGGGUAGCGAUUGUACGGAGCAAUGUCGCCAUCCGAACUACGGAACAGAUUGUCAGGGACUGUGCAAUUGUAGUAAAGAGUUCUGUGAUAUUGCCACUUGUUGCUUUUCACCUAAAGAUGGGUGUAGAGCUGGCUAUUAUGGUGACAGAUGUAUCAACAAAUGCCGAUAUCCAAACUUUGGGAAAGCAUGCCAAAAACGUUGUCAGUGUACCCAGUCCUUAUGCAGUUUUAUCACUGGAUGUGACGCCUCUGGAUAUGUAAAUUUGACGUCGGACACAAUUUCACAAUCCAUAACGCAAUACACCAUAGAAAGAACUGCAAUGGGGGUUAUAGUUUCAGUAUCUGUCUUGUCUUCCAUAAUAAUCUCGGCUGUCAUCUCCUUAAUCAUCUGGCGACGAAGGGGUCCAUAUAGAUCUACCAGGAGAGCAUCGCAAAAUAUUCCAGAAAAAGCGCAACAGAAAACAACCAAACAAACGACACAACAACCUAACCAUGCUUCUUCAAAAAUCAACAAUAGAACAAACGUGUACAGUUCCUGUGAUAUUGCCGGGCCCAGUCAGUUAAAAACUGUCUCCAUGGAGGUCUAUACCGAUCCUUUACAGCUAGACUGUGAUCGUACGGCGCAACAGCGCGCGAGUGAAACAGACACUAUACUAUAUGAUAUCAGUUCUUGUACGUAUGAGCCCAUGAUGAGCUUUGUCAAAGAAGACAAUUUGACACGGGUUUAACAUACCUCAAAAUAAUCCCGUAAUACAGUACAGGCAACGCCGAUCCCUUAUAUUCUGUGCACCCUUACCGUCAAAUUGCAACGCGGUGUUUCAUGAAAACCACAUACCGCUGUUGUAGGGUCGUCCAGAAAGUCAAAAAUCAGUUCUGGAGGGAAAAAAUAUCGGACUCAAAACGCGAGUUAUCUUCCUCGAUUAAAAAAAUAAUUGACAGCUAAACGUUAAUAUAUAUCAUGUUAUUCAUGGAACAAUCUAAUAUAACAGAUGAUAUUUUAAUUGUUAAAUGCAUAGCAUGUGUUUAAAAAUCAUACAGCAAUGCUAUUUCAUUCAGUUACUUUACGGUGUUUUUUACAACAACAACAAAAUCAAAAUUGACGUAGCCUAUUCAAAAAGUGGUGAGCGUGCUUGGCAGUCGGGUUUUCAUUUCUAUUUUUAUUGUCUUUAAACUUACUAGAUUGUGAAAAUGUAUUGUGACAUUUCUGUUUAAUCUAUGCAAACUGCAUACAUACAAUGUAUAUGUAUUAUUCAAAUUAAUUAAUGCUCUCCGUGCGAUCGAGUUUUAACAAACAUUCAGCCUGUUUGCAAUCGUAUUAUUUAGAAAGCAAAAAGUACACAGUCAUUUACUUGUAUGAUAUUGAUUAUAUGUGUAUUUUGUAUGUAUUUUAAGUUCUUAAUCUACUUGUUUGUAGGCAAGGUUUUCUGUACAAGUGAUAUAAUAUGCAGUCUGGACCCGUUUCACACAACUAUCCUAUGACUAUGAUCUACAACUAGACCAACUUUAACAUGCCGAGAACCUAUAUUUCGGGGAUUUUCCCUUGGACAUUUUGGGGAGGGGGCAGUGUAUGGACACAUUUUUCUCAUCAAAAACUACUAAAAUAUUAUUGUGUUUUGCUUUAGAUCAAGGGAAAAAAACGAUAAAAAUGCACUUUUCAUGACGUCACAAUAACCCCUUUCUAUAACCCUUUACCCUUUCGAAUAUUUUGUGAGGCAAUUAACGUAAAUCUUCGUAAUUUGUUAUUCAUGUUGUAACAAAUAUCAAUGCUACGUUUUUUAUCAUUAUUUAAAUCUGACAAAAUCAUCUAAUCAAAUUCAGUUUUCAACAGUUUCCAUUUGAAACUUUAUAAAUAGCAUUUUUGUACUGUAAAUGAAUAAAGAUACAAGUUUGAAAUAAGUUUAUCCUUAAUAGCAAAAAAUAAUUACGUCUGAAACUGAUUGUCUACGGAAACAAAUCCACGUCUCGCCUUUUCACAGACCGACAAAUUUUGGUGGAAUUUCACAUCUGGCUUAUGAUAAGUCAAUGAACAUGUCCUCCAUAAUUUCCUUAAGUUAUAUUUUUGGAUUUUUUUGUCAGCAUUGCUAAUUAACAGUGUUAUAGCGCAGCGAAUAUAUAUUAUAGAGAGCUUAGUAUCGGGGAAGUAGAGGCCACAAUGAUAUAUCCAUGUUACGUCAUUUUGUUUUUAUACUGUCACGUUUAAUGACUAUGUUGUAAUAUAGUCACGUCUAAAGGUUAUGAAUAUGAUAGGCAGUAAAAUGUACAUGUACAUCUAUCAAAUUGAUCAUACGUAAACGAUUUAACGGCGGCUUUUAAUUCAAUUUCUUUAUUUUAUUUUCACUGUAUAAACAUCAAUAGAUGUUGUGUUCUGUUAAAAUACUGUACAACUUUUUGUCAUAAAUUACGACAGAGAAAUUUGUCAUAAACUUUU